AUGCUUCAGGACUUCCCCCAAUUUGCGCUUCUGCCCCUUGAGCUCCGUCGAGACAUUUGGAAUUUUGCAGUGGCAGGUUGGAGCCAAGACAUCCACUUCUCGCUUUCGAACCCUAGACAAGCCUGGGAGGAUGUGCCAUUCGAUUGUCGCAAACAUAUAUUCGCUACGGAGCUGGCAAUUCCACCACUUCUCUACACUUGUCACGACUCUCGUGCCGCAGCGUUAGAGCACUACUCUUUGGGUUUCAGUGCCGAGGCCAAGAAUGCUUGGAGCUGGAGGGCGAAUCAUUUCGCGGAUCCCGAAUUCGGCGACUGCCCAUACGACGAGGGGCUACAAGAGGUUGGAAAGAGAACAUAUUGGGCACCCGAGAGUGAUGUAGUUGUUCUUGAGCACGGAGAAGAACCGUAUGCAUGCGACGGGACCUCCAUCUGCAAUUCCAUGCCGUACCGCAGACACGAAUACAGGCUUGAUGAACGACUCAAAUAUAUGGCUGUCACGAUGGAUGUGUGGAACGGUGGAACUGGCAGUAUACUACUUGAUGUUCCAGGACUUCAGGUGCUUUUUGUGUUGGUGGACAGAAAACCGUUCUUCCCCUUUCUCGGAUCGACUGCGGAAAAGAACCUGGACACAUUGCAGAGCUUGAAGCAGGAGUCUUGUCGUAUCAUUGAGAGGCAGAUGACAGAAGCUGUUCGUUCCGACUCAGCUCUCUUCCACAUCAAGCGUGAUAGAGAUGCCACUGUUUUCGUCGAAGUUGUCCUUGUCGAGAGUCUCGAUGAGCUACUUGAAAGGGUCGGACAGCGAAGAAAGGAUGCACAUGUUCGUAAGGCAAACAACUCGGUCAUCAUGUAG